AUGUCCAUGAUUCUGGUUAGGCAAAGGGAAGAAUUAUGUGAACUAAGAAGCAGAAAGGGAAGAGUCGGACAGAAAGGAGAGGGUGAACGAAUGAAAGGAGAGCUGGAGGUGAAGAAGGAAAGCUUAUAUUUGCGUGUAUGGACUGUCUCGGGGCGUAUGAAAGGCAAAAGAGAGGAGGACAAAGGAUGGAACAGAGCCCAAGCCAUGUCAGGCGUUUCCACACGGUUAACUGUUCUCUUGGGAGACUCGUCUUUGAGAUGUGAUUUCUUUAUGUCCUCUGUUCACACAUCUUGCGCCACUUGGCUUUCCUUCGGGAGGCCUAAGUCUGCCAGGUGGCGAUUCUUGCAGGCAGCUGGACAAUGA